AUGACGAUGAGAUGUGUUGAUAUUAUGGAUGAAAUUAUUGACGAAAAGAGACAGAUAGCUGUCAACUUGGGCCACAAUGAAGAUGGAGAAUCGACUCUGUAUACCCGCGUACACAGCGAUCCAGUCUCGUCGAACAAAGAAAACCAUGACGUGCACAACACAGCCGUUAGAUCUUUGGAGAUUACAGAUUCUGGUUGGCAUACCGAUCGAAUUUAUCCACAAGACUAUGCGGUCGAUGAUGUGAAGAAUGAGGAUGCUUGGCUUUUAAUACGAAGAUUCAACAAGGAUAAGAUGGAUCUUGAAGUUGCGGAAGACGAGCAAUUCUCGCCAAACAAACUUCGAGCUCAACUUGAAAGACUGUACAUGGGAGCGAUCCUUGGUUUCAUCAUAUCCAGGCAGCAUAUCUCGCGACUCCAAUCCUGGCGUGAGCCAAGACGAACAGCAGCAUUUUGCAUUACAUAUUUUACUGUAUGGUAUCUCAAUUUCCUCAUGCCAACGCUUCUGGCAACACUCCUUGCAGCCCUUCUCUCGCCCAAAAUUCGAACUACCUUGUUUCCACCCUGUCCGCCAUCAUUAGUCCACUACCAAGGCGGCCAUUUGAUAAAACCACCUGCAGGAAUGCUAGGCACCACCGACACAGCGACAGGAGCACCAGAGAAUCUAAAAGGAGAAACACUCGAACGAGAAGCCAGCAACUUUGCAACAGGUCUUGUAGCCCUUUCUGUCAAUAUCUUUGUUGAUAAAGAUCCUCAGCAUGAUGAAUCUCAAAGAGGGGGCGGAAGGACCGAGAAUCUAAAGGAUCCCAGAUCAAUGGCUACCAGGAUUACCACAGCAAAGGAUAAAGCUGCUGGAGUCGAGAAUCCUUCGUGGGAUAAGACCAGAUCACCUAUGCAGGAACUCAUGUGGAGUCAGAUGAGACCUUUGAUGCAUUGGAUUUGUCGAUUUUGUGAUAUUUGGGAACGCAGUGCCAACCUGAUCGAUCCCUCAGCUCCCUUUCCUAGACAUGUUGCGCGACGACGAAUCAUCAGGACCAUUCUUCCGAUUCUGAUAUUAGCCAUAUUUAUGUCGCCCUACAUGUUCUAUAGGAUCACUACUCUCUGCUUUGGUAUCGCAUUCUUUGGUAGUAUCUCCUUGAGAACAUCAUACAAGGGAUUCAGAUCCUUGAUACACAAAAUUGUGUUCCAAAGAAUACCAACAGACUCCCAAAUAACAAUAGCCCUUCUUCGACAAGGCGAACGUAAUAAGACACCACUCUCACCGCCACCUGUCCCCAAAGGCCCACCAUCAGGCAAGCCACACUCGAUAGACGACACUGUAAUAGGCGCUGCUGGAAACGACAGUCCACUCAGUGUAUCCCAGCAUGAGAUUCUAGCAGCGGCGGAACAAGACGUCGGGACUACCAAGAAUACAGGCGGUGAUGACCAUGAAUCCUGCAAGUCUGGAAGCGGCGGCAAGAAACGCAGCAAACUUCUUAGUGUCAUCAGGCCAGUUGCUCAAGCCGCUGCCAAGACACUUAUAGGCGUCGACAAAGUGCGUGCCAAAACGGGAUCCGAAUCAGCAAAGAAUCGUCUCGGAGCUGCAUCGCCAAGAGAAGAACCUCCCAUUGCAGGGCCAGUCGAGUUUACAUGUCGAUGGCGGGGCGAGAGAGGAUUCGUAUAUCUUACUACUGAUACUGUAGGACCGGCUCUGUGCUAUUCCAAAAAGUCUUCUGUGGGUGAUUUGGACAGUUCAGAGUAUCAGGAGGUGCAACCGGAGUGGGCUAUACCGGUUGCGGAUAUUGUGACGCUGAACAAGUAUUCUGGUUACGGAACAAAGGCAAAGCUACUUGCUGGAUGGGCUUUGGAGGAUGAUAUUGUUGAUGGAGUGGAAAUUGUUGACAGCAAGGGAAAGGCGGUUCUUGUUACGGCUAUGGUUAGGAGGGAUGAGUUGUUCAAUAGGCUCUGUGCUAUCGGGAAUCAGAAGUGGGAGAUAUGGUAG